AAGGAACUAAUUCACGAUGUCGGCAAACAACUCGCUGCCAAACAGAAAUGUCCCCACAAAGAUUUCCUUGUAAAAUUGCUCCGAGAUCUGUCGACAAAGAGGAUUAUUGGUAGAGGGCGAGAGACUGAUGGCCUAUACAUAUUUGAACAUUGUACCUUCUUCAUUGACUUGUUCUAGCUUAUCGCUCUACUUGAAGUUCAUUGUCGAUCAGCAAGCUGCAAGUGCGUUGCCAAAGUUAAAAACACAAUCAGAUUUGCUAAAGCCUGCCAUCAAGCCCUUGAGUGAUUCUAUACUGAAACAUGGAUUGUUGCGGCAAAAUGACAAAGAUGUGAGGCUUUUGGUUGCCAUCUGUGUAUGUGAAAUACUUCGUAUCCUUGCCCCAAAUCCUGGUUUCCGUGAUGAAGACUUUAGGGAUAUAUUUCAACUCUUACUGGGUAUGUUUGCGGAGCUUGCUGAUACUAAAAGCCCAUAUUUCUCAAGGAGGGUAGAGCUAUUGGAGACUAUUGCAAAAUUCAAUUUUUGUGUGCUCAUGCUUGAUACAGGAUCUGAAAAUUUAGUUAUGAAGAUGUUCACUAUCUUUUUCAGUGUUAUAAGGAAAGAGCAUCCUUCAAAUGUAUUUGGAGCAAUGUCAUCGAUCAUGUCACUUGUUUUUGAGGAGAAAGGUUCUCAAGCACUUAUAGAAGUGAUUUUGCAAAAUCUUUUAAAGGAUGAAAAGGAUGCAUCUCCUGCUUCUUUUCUGCUUGCUGUUUCUGUUAUUCAAGGUUGCUGUCAGGCACUUCAGCCGUUUGUUUGUCGUUUUCUCAACUGUUGUAUCUUGGACAGAAACAGUGUAAAUAGUGAGCUCAAAGAAUCAUAUCAUGCUAUUAUAUUUGAAAUCUUCCAGUGCGCUCCACAAAUGCUUAUUGCUGUUAUACCAAACUUAACUCAGGAACUAUUGACUGAUCAGGUUGAUGUACGGAUAACAGCUAUCAAGUUUGUUGGAAGACUUUUUUCAAUUCCUGGACGUCAUGUUGCCCAAGAGUACCAUCAUCUCUUCAUAGAGUUUCUAAAUAGAUUCUCUGACAAGUCUGCUGAAGUUAGACUUAAUGCUGUAUUAUGUGCUAAACCUUUUUGCUUGACCAAUCCACCAGGGGAGCAAUCUGUUGCACUUCUGACUGCCCUUGAAGGCCGCCUUUUAGACUUCGAUGAUAAAGUGAGGACACAAGCAGUAGCAGUAGUGUGUGAUCUUGCCAAGUCUAAUCUCAGACCUGUACCUCCUGAAAUGAUAGCUCAAGCUGCUAAAAGAUUACGUGAUAAGAAGGUAUCUGUUAGAAAGAAAGCUUUGAAAAUGCUACUAGAUGUGUAUCAUGAUUAUUGUAUUAAGUGCUCUGAAGGCAUCAGCAAAUUGAGCAUUGACUUUGAACAAAUACCUUGUGGUAUUCUGAUGCUUUGCUAUCACAAAGACACGGAGUUUGGGCCACAGAACAUAGAGCAUGUGCUUGAAGAGGAUUUAUUUCCCAUUUCACUUUCAGUUGAGGAGAGGACUAGGCACUGGCUUUUCUUGUUUUCACAUUUGGUAUCAGCUCACCAGAAUGGAAUUUUCAGCUCUGCUCAUGAGAGGGCAUUGACUGCUGUUUUGUCUAAAAAAAAACGGUUGCAAAUUGAGAUGCAGAGUUACCUGGAGUUCCGGACACAUGAAAAGAAUAUCUCUGGGAGAGGGGAAGAAAGAGUCAAAAAGUUAUUUGCAAAAAUGUCGACAUGCUUUCCUACAACUAUUAAUGCAGAAGAGUGCUUUCAUAAGUUACAUGUGGUUAAAGAUGUUGACCUUUUUAACAUCUUGAAGGAGAUUUUGGUUGAAGUGAAGUUUGAAAGUUCCCAGAUCAUCAAAGAUAAUUUUCUCAGGAAGAUCAAGGACAUGCAUUCUAUUUUUGAGUUUCUGCAGUCACUCGUGACACAAUGUUCAUUUAAUAUCUUUAGUGCUGAUCACGUGAGCUGUAUACUAUAUCAUCUUUCUAAAGGCAACUUUCGAGAGGCAAAUUUAAAGAAUGCUUGUGUGACGCUUCUUAUGAUUAUUGUUGAUGCUUUCCCGUUACUUCUGAGAGGUUCAGAAGAGCAAUUCUGCAUUCUGUUGUUAGAAGAAAAAUCUCUAUUCUGUAAUGAGCUGCUUCAAAUAUUGGUUAAAGCUGGACGGCAUAUUUCUCUCAACCUCAGUGUUAUCUACCCUUUCUUAGAGGGGAUCUGCCUGAAUGGAACUCGUGCUCAGGCCAAGCUUGCUAUUUCUGCAAUCAGUGAAUUAAUAGUUUCUUCUGAGCAGUUCAGUUUCUCAAAACUGUCUAAGACACUUGUGGAUGCUCUCGAAAGUGGCCAGCAUACUCCUACUGUUUUGCAGUCUUUGGGGUGCAUGGCUCAGCAUUCUGUUUCUGCAUUUGAAUCCCAUGCUGAAGAGAUCACUCGAUAUAUUGUUGAAAAUAUAUUUCUAGUAAAAGAGGGUGUAAUGUUAGAUGAUCUAGUUUCAUCCCAUGAUACAUCUGAAGGAAGUACCUGCAAAUUAAAGAUUUUUGGGCUUAAAGCACUCGUCAAAAGCUUUUUGCCACAUCAAUGUGCUGAUGUUACUCGUCAAAUUGAUGAAGUACUUGGCAUUAUAUCACAGAUGCUUCAAAGGACCAAGGUUUCUAAAGGCACACUCUCUCGUGAAACUGACUUGGAGCAUCUAAGAUUCGCUGCUGCUACAUCUGUUCUUCGGCUUUCACAAAUGUGGGAUCCACAUAUUUCACCACAUAUUUACCGCCUCACAGUCUUGACAGCCAAGGAUCAUUCUUCUAUGGUGCGGCAAUUGUUCCUCGAGAAAACGUUCAAGCUUUUGAAGAAUAAUGUCAUUCAUUGUAAAUAUUUGUGUGCUUUUGCAUUGGCUGCUUCUGAUUCUUCAGGAGAUUUACAAAAUGAUGACUCGCUAAACUAUAUGUCAGAAAUUAUAAGGAUUCAUCACAGACAAGCUAAAGUGCCCCGAACAUCAGCAGUGAAGCGAGAUGCAGCUGAUGAUCCAGUGUGCACAGUGAUAUUUUUAAUUCACAUUCUUGCUCAUGAUACUGAAUUUCCCUCCCAAGAUUCUGAAUAUGAAGAGAAAUCUGGUUCUUUUUUCAGCCCACUUGUUUUUACCUUGCAGGCACUACUCAACCCUUGUUAUGUAGAUGGUGAUAUGAAUCGAAUCUGUACAGUUGUUUCUAAGUUGUAUAAUAUAUUUAAAGCCAUCAAGAGGACUGAAGAUGCACUUGAUGUUCAGAAAACCUCUAGACUGCAUGUUUUAGCUAACUUCGGAGCCAAGUAUUUGGUUGAAACAAAAAUGAGUGGAACGAUGGUGCCACAAACAACAACCAGUGUCUUACUGCCUUCAUUGCUAUACAGAAAAAGUGAUGCCGAGCGAAAACAGUUUGCUAGAGAUUGUGCUAAGGGUGGCCGGGAAAGUGUAGAGGAUCCUUCAGCUCUUGACGGUCAAUUACACAAAAGAAGCAAGAGUCUAAAUGCACAUAAAAGAAAGCUGCAUGAAACUGAAGAGCAGAUCAUAUCUGGUGAAAGAGAGAAUCAGGACUUUGCUUCUCCAGAAUCAGUUACUUUUCACAAAAAACCUUCAUUUUCUCAGAUGGAGGAUUCUUUGUGUGGUGACUAAUGAUGAAUUGUGGCAGUAGUAUAGGACCUCCCAAUACCAGGCUUUGAGAGAAUCACCACAUAAAGGUUUACGGAAUGAGACCGGAGAAAAGUCUUGCUAUGCCAACUUGAUUUUGUUUGUUGCUUGUUACUUAUCCUCUUUUACAACCACCGGCACCACUUCGUUUAUCUUCUAGCUUGGUAUACAACUAUCUAUCUAUCUAUCUAUCUAUCUAUGUAUUUGAAAAGAUGUAUUAUAUAUUUAUGAAGUUUUGGAGUUGACUCAAGAUGAUGAUUUGAUUUUACAUGCUAUGUCCAUAUUUUCUAUUUUUGCUUAUUGGAGAAUAAUGUACAAAACCUCAAGCACCUUGCUAUUUGAUAUGCACAUUUUGAUUCUAA